CUUCCCGGACUUUGUCUCCGGGCCCGGGCUUUGGAUCGAGCCCAGCGCGGCCCCGAAUUCCUGGGAAAAUUCCAGGAGCGGCCGGAAGGAGGGAAGAGGGGAGGAAGGAAGGGAAAGGAGUUUUUCCCACUUUUCCAGCCGGUGCUGGGAUCCCGGAGCCGGAGGGUUUGGCCAUGGCCUCCAACGGCUCCUCUGGAAUUCGGGAUUCCCCCCUGGAGCCGGGAAUUUUCCUGGAUGAGGAUCUGGGAUCCGACUGGUACCUCUACGAAUCCACGGAAUCUGCGCUGGGAGAUGACCUUCUUCCCGACGCCAUCCCAGAAUGCCACCCCACCAUUUCCCCCCGGCUCUACCACACCAUCAUGGCUCCCGUUUCCCUGGCCGUGAUCCUGGCCUUGUCCUUCCCGGCCAAGCGCCGCCGUCUCCACCGGAGCUGCUGGAGCGGCGUCCCGGGAUUGCUCAGCUCCGGGAAUCUGGAGGAGGACGGGAGCCGCGCUCCGGCCGCCGCCGCCUUCGCCCUGCAGCUCUCGGCGCUUUUCCAGCUGCUGCUGGAGCCGGAACCGCUGCCCCUGGCAGCGCCCGCCGGACACGGAGCCCGCGAGUUCUGGAAGCUUCUGGCGCUGCUCUAUUACCCGGCUCUCUACUGGCCGCUGCUGGCCUGCGCUGCUGCCCGGCGCCGCCGUGGCUACGCCGCCGGAGCCCUGCUGGCCUGGGGCCACUGCGGGGCACAGCUGGGCCAGUGGCUGCAGUGUCCCCUGCGGACACAGGUGCACGGGCUGUACUCGGCACUGUCCCACGUCCCCGCGCUGCUGGCGCUGGCCCUGCUCAGCCUCUGGUACCCGGCACUGCUGAUCCGCAGCCUCCGGCAGCGCCCGGAGACACAGAUUCCUGGGAAAGGUUAUUACAGGAAGUACCUCAAGGCCGUGCUGUCCAAGCGGGGCCGGAAGGGGAGCUCCGUCGGGAUCGAGGAGAGCCGCUGGUCCCGGAUCCGCUCCUACCUGCGCUCCUACUUCUACAUUCCCGAGGAAGGGUUCCGGAUCCCGCUGAAGCUGCUGGUGUCGGUCACCACGGCCGUCAUCGCCGUCUACCAGGUGGCCCUGCUGCUCCUGCUGGCCGUGGUGCCCACCAUCCGGAUUGUCCGGGCGGGAAUGACCAAGGACGUGGUGGUGCUGCUGGUCCAGCUGGGAUUGGUGCCCUCGGAGAAUCCGGCCGUGCCGGGGGACAUGGAAAAGGAGCUGGGAACCGUCCGUCACUACCUGUGGGCGCUGGAAGUUUGCUACAUCAGCUCCCUGGUGUUCUGCUGCCUGCUGACCUGUGCCAUGCUCCUCAGGACGCUGGCCAUGCACAGGUCCAACCUGCGGGCUCUGUACCAGGGCGCGGUGCUGGACGUGUUUUCCAAGGCCCAGAUCCUGCGCCCUUCCCGGGAAUCCAUCGUCUCCUGGAUCGGCUUCUCCGCAUUCCAGGCCGCCUUCGCCUGCCUGGGGCUCCUGAUCCAGCAGGUGAUUUUCUUCCUCUGCUCCGUGGCCUUCGCGUUCCUGGUGGUGCUCCCGCUGCAGGCCGGCCGCGGCUCCCCGCUCCUCGGGAUCCUCCGGAACGUCUGGCCCCUCUGGCUGUUCCUGUUCCUGGCCGUGCUCCUGCAGCACCUCCUGGCCCAUUUCCACUUCCUGCAGCGAAACUCCCUGAGCGCCGAGCUGGCACACAGGUGCGCCCUGAGUGUCACCUCCUUCCUGCUCUUCCCCACCAACGUCCUGGUGGGCCUGGUGGCCGGAGUGUGGCGCGUGGUCAUCUCCGGCCUCUACAACUCCGUCCAUUUCUGCCGGCUGGACAUCAGCCUGCUGCACCGCCGCGCCGACACCUUCGACCCAGGGUACCACAGCUACUGCCACUACCUGCGGGUGGAGGUCAGCCAGUGCCACCCCCUGCUCAAGGCCUUCUGCUUCCUGCUCCUCCAGCCCCGCCGGCCGGAGCCGCCCCGGGACACCCAGCUGGAGGAAGGCCUCCAGCUGAUGCAUCCCAAGCAUCCGGCUCUGGGAAAAGCUCGGAUCCGGCAGAUCCGGGCACGCUGGUGCCUGGCCUACACGCUCCUGCACAAUCCCUCGCUGAGCGCUUCCCGGAAAACCGCGCUGGCCAAUCCCGCUGCCAACGGCGCCCAGCUGGGCGUUCCCAGGCCCUGAAUUCCCGGGAAUCCCAUCCCGUCUCCCAUCCCAUCCCCGGUGGGAAUUUCGGGCUCUUCCCACCUCCCCCUUUCCCUUUUCCUCCGGACUCUCUCCAAGGGUUUAUCCCUAAAUCCCCUCCUGAGCUCCGGAGGUGAUGCCUCUGAGCCCGGCCUGGAUGGAUCCAAGCCGAGGAAAACACUCCCAACAUCCCAAAAAUAUUUUGGGAUUCACUCCCGCGGCCAGCGCCUUUCUCAGCAGCUUUUCCACCACGGGACAAUUUCCAGGGAACCGGGAGAGGAGCGCGAGGGAUCUUCUCCAUCCCAAGGAAUCCCCAACCGCCUGGAAUUACCCCUGGAGCUCCACGUGGGAGAAAAUUCCCAUUCCCAGCUUCUCCCUCCCCGAUCCCGGCUCCGUUUGGGCUCCACAUCCGCUCCCAGGACUUUUUUAUCCUGCCAUGUUUUGAAGGAUCAAAUCCCUCCCUGCUCCCCGUCCUCUACCAUUCCUGCUGGGUUUUCCAGGGCUGGGAUCCAUGGAAAACCUCGCUGGGAAGUGCAGGGGGAAGGGAAUAAACAGGUACCUCAUUCCCGCUCCCGAGAUGCGCCUUCUUCCUUGGAUAUUCCCAGCUCCGGCGGGAUUUGGGACCAUCCCAGCCCCAAAUCCAGGGAAUGGUUGGGAUGACAGCAGAGAUUUUGGGGAUCCUCUCCAGCUGGGAAUGUCGGGAUCCAAUCCACGGUCCCACUUUAGGGCGGUUUUAAGGGAAAACCACUCCCACAAUUUGAGAACGGGGAAUUUCGGGGAUGAAACGCCAGCGGGAUGGGAACGAGGCGGUGCUGGAUCCUCUCUUCCUGCUCUUAAAUCCCGGAAUUCCUGACUUUUUGGGCUGGAAUGAGCAGGCUCCUGGUGGCUCCUUCCAUCCCAAACAUCCCAAGAUUCCCUUGGGAAUUCUCAGCCCAGCCCACACAGAGCUGCCUGAUCAUCCCAGGAUUUCCUCAGGAAUGGCCGGACCUGUUCUCCACAGGAUCCCAAGGAUCCCAUUCCUCCUUCUGGAAUGUUCCCUUCACCCUCAGGAUGAUUCCCGAGCUUUGGGGUUUCCUUGGAGCAUCCCCCCCCCUUUUCCCAGGAUUCCCUCCCAGCCCAUCCCGACCCCUGCGGCUCCAAAGGCAGCUGAAAAUUCCUUCCAAAAAUCCUUUUAAAUAUCCCUAAAAUCCCUUUAAAUAUUCCAAAAAUCUCUUCCAAAAAUCCCUUUAAAAGUUCCUAUAAAAAUUUAAAAAAUCCCUUUAAAAAUCCCUGAAAUACCUUUAAAGAUUAAAAAAAAUCUCUUUAAAAAUCCCUUUAAAAAUCCCAAGAA